AUGUUUGGUAUCAAUACGAUAUUGCUUGUUACGAUAUUUUCUAUUUGUCAUGUUCAAUCAAUGUUAGAUGAAAAUUGUCCCGUUGAUAAUGUUGAUUUUGAAACUAAAGUAGCUAAUUCAUCGAUUGUGGUUUAUGGAAAAGCAACUGAAACAAAAUUAUAUGACGGAAGUGAUUCAACAUUUUUUGUUAAAUUUCGUGUUGAUUGUAUUUUAAAAGGACCGGUUAUUAAUCAUCUUAUUAAUAUUACAAAAGCUGGUCGAGUAGAAAAUAAAACAUAUUGUCAAAGUUUUUCUGUUGGUCGUGGUCAUGUAAUAACUUUUCUUGAACCAGAUCCAUUACAUUUCAAUGAUUCAAAAAGUUUUAUUCCAACAGAUUUUGUUGAAAUACAAUUUCAAGAUAAUGUUACGAAUGAAUUAUUAGCAAAUACAUGUAAUCUUCAUCAAUUACUUCCAUUUCAAUCAACAGCAUCAAUUGCUGAUGCAUGUCCAAUUGUUUCGACAGAAUCGAAAUGUAUUCAUACAACAAUGAAAACUGAUUUAGAAUUAACAAGUUCAUCAGUACUUAUUUCAGGUAAAUAUCAUCAUGGAUCUGAUGAUAUUCGUAGUAAAUCUGGUACAAUUCAAGUUGAUGUUGAUACAAAGAAUGGUGACAAUCGUUUAAAUAUUAGUAUUCUUCUUAUCUUAAUGACUGUUUUUGUUCGAUUGUAUUAA